AUUUUCCAACCACGAGACGAAAAGAGCAUCACGUCAGCUCUCUAUCCGGUGUACAAACACUGAAAAAUCCGAAUACAAUAAUCCCCCAAAUUAUAGGAGCUGUGUCGACAUAGUGUCAUACCUGUCGAUCACGUGGGGCCGCCACCGGAGAUUCCAUUGUCCACCGGAUCGUACCCCACGCCACCAAAGGGGACGACUUACCACCCGACGACCAUCUUUUCCUUCCAUCUUCUCUACCCCCAUUCUACCGAGGGUUUGGGUUUCCGAGAUGGAGUUCCAGCAGACAUCGCCGGUGGAUUCUUCUGUUUCGGUUCCUGCGCUGGAGAUUUCAGAGGAUCUGUCCGCCUCGACAGUCUGGGACUGGGGUAACCUCCUUGAUUUCGCGCUUGAGACGGAAGAUACUUUGAGUCUUCCAUGGGAUGCCGCCGAUCUUCCCCGGCUGCCGUUGUCCGAGGUGGAAACCCCCGCUGAUCCGCCGCCUGUUAUUGCGCCGGUGGCGGGGAGCUCGAAUCGGGUGAGGAAGCGAGAUCCGAGGCUGGUGUGCGCAAACUACCUGGCCGGGCGGGUGCCGUGCGCUUGUCCGGAGGUGGAUGAGAAGGAGUUGGAGGGGGAUGAGGAGGAGGAACAGGUGUUCGGGGGGAGGAAGAGGGCGAGAGCGGGGGUGGUGAACGUCGGGGUGCGUUGCCAGGUCCCGGGAUGUGAGGCGGAUAUUAAGGAGCUCAAGGGCUAUCACCGGCGCCAUCGGGUCUGCCUCCGUUGUGCUAAUGCUUCGUCAGUGAUGCUUGAUGGCGAGGAGAAGCGGUAUUGCCAGCAGUGUGGCAAAUUUCAUGUACUGCUUGACUUUGAUGAAGGUAAGAGAAGUUGUAGGCGGAAAUUAGAGAAACACAACAGAAGGCGUCGGAGAAAACCUGCUGAUUCAAAUAAUGUAGUGGAAAAAGAAAAUCUAUCUCAGGCAGAACUACAAGAAAAUGUCUUUCGUGAUUCAGAUCAAAUACAAGGGACGCCAGAAGCUUAUGCAUGCAAAGCUGUUGAUAAUGGUGAAAGCAACAAUUUAGUAGAUGGGGAGAUGUUUUUGGAUUGUGAAAAUGGGAAUGGUUUCCCUGGAUGUUCAUUUACUGGAGUUGAACAGGCCCAAACCAAAAGUCCUCUAUUAUUUGCAGCUUCUGCAGAAGCUCGUGUAGAUGACAGAAAAGACCAUCCACAAUCUGCCUUUUCGUCCACAAGUUGUGAUAAAAAGGCUUCCUAUUCGUCAAUGUGUCCUACAGGCCGCAUAUCAUUUAAGCUUUAUGAUUGGAACCCUGCAGAGUUUCCUAGAAGACUACGACUUCAAAUAUUUCAGUGGUUGGCAAGCAUGCCGGUUGAGCUCGAGGGGUAUAUUCGUCCUGGAUGUACAAUCUUGACUGUAUUUAUUGCAAUGCCUCAACAUAUGUGGGAAAAGUUAUCUAAAGAUGGGGCUCUCUAUGUGAAGCAUUUGGUCAAUUCAUCCGAAAGCUUGCUGUCUGGAAGAGGCAACAUUCUUAUAUAUCUUAGUAGCAUGAUCGUUCAUGUUUUGAAAGAUGGGACAUCACAUAUAAAGAUGGAGGUGAAUGCUCCUAGACUUCAUUAUGUUCAUCCUACUUAUUUUGAAGCUGGGAAAGCGGUGGAGUUCUUUGCUUGUGGAAGUAACCUUGAUCAGCCUAAAUUACGGUUUCUUGUCUCUUUUGCUGGAAAGUAUCUGGCGUGUGAUGCAUACCGUGUCAUAUCUAAUGAGAAACUCAGAUAUUAUGGUGUAAAUUCGUUGGUUUCUAGCAGUAAUUGUGAGUAUGAAGUCUUUAGGAUAAAUAUAAAACAGACAACUCCAGACAUUUUUGGCCCUGCAUUUAUUGAGGUUGAGAACGAAUCAGGAAUAUCCAACUUUAUUCCGAUUCUUAUUGGGGACGAGCAAGUAUGUUCUGAACUAAACAAAAUGCAAGGUGCAUUAACUUUCUAUCCAAAUGUUCAUGAACAUAACAGUAUAUCAAAUGCAGUUUUAGCCAAUGCAGCAAUCAGUGAGAUUAAUGUGACCAUAUCAGAUCUACUGGUGGAUAUAGCUUGGCUGCUCAGGGAGCCUUGUAAAGAUUAUAAUGAAUCAUUACUGGGUUCAUUGAAUGUUCAGAGAUUAAAAUAUAUAUUACAGUUUUCGAUGCAGAACGAGUUAAUCACCGUAUUAAAGGCAAUACUAAAGUAUGUGGGUAUUAUGAUUCAUGAGGCUGGUUUUCAGAAUUCUGAAAAUUUGACCGUCAGUGCUGAUUUUGAUGAGCUUUUAGAAUUCAUGAAAACUGCAAAAGAGUUUCUUGAUCAGAGAAUUCAGCACAAGGAAAGAUCAAAAUUGGAUCAUAGGCACUCAAAUUUUAUGGAAACAGUGCCGAUAAACCUUGUGAAAAAUACAAUGGUUAUAAUGCCUCCUACAAAUCUGUUUGAGGAUGGAAGAAGAAAUUCACAUGCUUUGGUUGCAACUGCGACUGUGCAUUCUGUAGACAGUGAUGAAAACACUUCUCCUGCACCCAAAGAUAUAAGUUGCAGUAAGAUUAGCUUCCUGCGCUUGAAUUCCUGUUUGGCUUCCAACCAUUGGGCAAUCAAUAUGUUCUCAACACCAAUCUCUAGGAGAUGGCCUGCUCUAUUUGUAAUGGGCAGUUUUCUUAUGUGCUUUGUUUUUUGUAUGAUCCUUUUGGGCCCACAUAAGGCCACUGAUUUUGCAGUUUUUAUGGGAAGGUGUUCUCUCCCAAGUUCAAAUCUGUAGAGAAGAGCCACAUUCAUCUUAUCUUUACCAACUCCUUUGUAUCAUUUAUUUAUCCCGUGAUGUGUAGA